AUGCCUGUCGUGUGGUUGCAUGAGUUGACAUGUUGUAUGACCUAUCAAGUUCCACCACUUCGCCCUGAAGGAGGUCCGCGCGGAAAGGAAUCUUUGUCAUGGUUGGAAGAAUACUUGGAGGGAAAAGAUGAGAUUCUUCUUUACGUGACAGCUGCGCUUGGCGUUCUAAUGCCCGGAUUUGUCUAUCUUCUCUAUCACAAAUGUCACGCCUACUAUGAGAGAUAUGCAAAAAAAAAAGAAGAGCAAAGGCUUGCUGAGGAGCUCGCACAGUCGGAAGCAGUAGUCAUAGUUCUCGGAAAAGAAGAUGGAAUAGCAGCACCCUGGGCAAAAGUGAUUCAUGACAAACUUUGUGAUGAAAUGGUUCGAAAACCAAUGAUUUGGUGGUCUGAUUCUUUGAAUGUCAAAGAAUUAAUGGAAUUCAAAGGAUUCUGUGUUUUCAUUGCUGAAACUACAGCUGGUGGACAACCAACUCCAUCAUCUGAAUGGUUCCUUGAAUGGCUUGAAGAUUUGGCUGCGGAUUCAAAGCUUCGGAAAAAAGCGAAUUUUGAUAAGAUCCGGUUUUCGAUUGUUGGCUUUGGAAGCAGUGAUGAUGGGCCUGCUGGCUUCAACAAAGUUGCUCGCACUCUUCUGAAACGUUUGAAAAUUCUCGGAUCGAAACAAAUAAUAGAAGUGGAACUUUUCAAUACUGCCGAGACAGACAAGAAAACUAUGGAGAGGUUCAUUGAAUUUUCAUUUGAACUCCUUCUCCAAAUGGACAAACAUCUUCCCGGAAUGGGCGGGGACACCGACGAGUCAGAAGCUCCUGAAGGUUCGAGCUCCGAAAGCAGUUCGGAUGAUGAAGAAACAGAUGAAAAGCACAAAAAAUCGAAAUAA